AUUGGAGUUGGCUCACUGUCAUCUUCAAGAUCUCUCUCUCUCUCUCUCUCUCUCUCUCUCUCACAGGUUGUGAUCGGUACAUCAAUGGCGUUACGGUGGCAGCUCCUGAAGAGAACCGUGGACAACGCCAAGUCCGCUCUCCGUCAUAAUCAGCCUGGAAUCUCUCUCUCCGGUUACUUCUCCACUUCUCCUUCCUUCGCCGAUGCUCCGCCGCGGCUCCCGCCGUUCGAUUACCAGCCUCGGCCGUACAGAGGUCCCUCCGGCGAUGAGGUUCUCCUGAAGCGGAAGAAGUUCCUCGGACCUUCUCUCUUCCACUACUACCAAAAGCCCCUCAAUAUCGUUGAAGGGAAAAUGCAGUAUUUGUUUGAUGAGUCAGGGCGGCGAUAUCUGGACGCAUUCGCUGGAAUCGUCACCGUCUCAUGCGGGCAUUGCCAUCCUGACAUCCUAAAUGCUAUCACGGAACAGAGCAAGCUUCUCCAACAUGCUACUACCAUAUACCUGCACCAUGCCAUCGCUGAUUUUGCUGAGGCAUUAGCUGCUAAAAUGCCUGGAAAUCUCAAGGUUGUAUACUUUGUGAAUUCUGGCUCUGAAGCUAAUGAGUUGGCGAUGAUGAUGGCUAGACUAUACACCGGUAAUCUUGAGAUGAUCUCCUUGAGAAACGCUUAUCACGGUGGAAGUUCUAAUACCAUCGGGCUAACGGCUCUAAACACAUGGAAGUACCCAUUACCACAGGGUGAGAUCCAUCACGCCAUGAAUCCCGAUCCAUACCGUGGGAUCUUCGGCUCUGAUGCUUCACUUUAUGCUAAGGAUGUGCAAGAUCACAUCGAAUAUGGCACUUCAGGCAAAGUGGCUGGGUUUAUAGCGGAAACCAUCCAGGGGGUUGGAGGAGCUGUGGAGUUGGCUCCUGGGUACUUGAAGCAGGUUUAUGACAUUGUGCGAAAGGCCGGUGGUGUAUGCAUCGCUGAUGAAGUCCAAACUGGAUUUGGUCGGACAGGAAGCCACUACUGGGGCUUUCAGACACAAGAUGUCAUUCCGGACAUAGUGACAAUGGCAAAGGGAAUUGGAAAUGGAUUGCCACUAGGAGCUGUGGUGACUACACCAGAAAUAGCAAGUGUUUUGGCUUCGAAAAUUCAGUUCAAUACAUACGGAGGAAACCCUGUUUGUUCAGCUGGUGGGCGUGCAGUUCUCAAUGUGAUAGACAAGGAGAAGCGCCAAUCACAUUGUGCUGAUGUCGGUCCACACCUUAUUCAACGCUUGCGAGAUCUUCAGCAAAGACAUGACCUCAUUGGAGAUGUGAGAGGGAGGGGAUUGAUGGUUGGGGUGGAGCUCGUAACCGACAGGAAGAACAAGACACCAGCAAAGGCUGAAACUGCUGUCUUGUUCGAGCAACUUAGAGAGCUCGGGAUACUGAUAGGGAAAGGAGGACUUCAUGGAAACGUCUUCAGGAUAAAACCGCCCAUGUGUUUCACUAAGGAUGAUGCCGAUUUCCUGGCAGAGGCACUGGACUACUCCAUGUCCAGAUUGUGAAGGCAAGAGGGAGGUGGAAGAAUAUAUCCAAGAAGUCUUGUUAUGUGGUGUUUGUUUAAGGGUUUUAAUAAAUAAAAAGAACAAAGUCGAAAUCUCGAUUUUAAUUGUAUCAUGACACCAUACCAUCAUCAUUCGUUGUCUGUGAAUAAUUGUAGGAAAGGGGAAUUUAUGAAGAGAGAGAGUGAGUGGGGAACCCAAGGAAAAAGAGUAUAUGGAGAGAGAGAGAGAGAAGGGAAUAGGUUCUGUUUGGUGGGGAAAGAAUGGAAGAAGGGAUACUACAGCUUGGCUGUUUGAUUUGAGAA